AUGACCGGAGCCGGUAGCGGUAUUGGUCGCGCGACCGCUCUCGCCUUUGCCAAAGCACAUGCAGCGAGAGUGAUCCUAACCGGACGUACUGAGUCGACCCUUCAAGAAACCGCGAAGCUACUCGCAGACAGCAAGUCAGACUGCAUGGUCUUCCCCGUUUCAGCAACCGACGAGACUGCGAUGCAGAAUGUUGCUGAACAGGUCGGCGCAUGGGAUGUCCUCGUUCUUGCCGCAGCGCACAUCUCUUCGCCGUCCUCGAUCGUCCAGAGUUCGCUGCAAGACUGGUGGGCAGACUAUGAAACGAAUGUGAAGGCGAUAGUCAUCGCUUCACAGGCUUUCAUUCCUGUGGAGGAAAUCGAGCUGGAAACAAUAGAUUCAGGCGAGCGCGUAAAACACUAG